AUGGCUGAAAAUACCUCUACUGCAGUUCCGGAGGGAGAUAUUGCCGAUCCACGAGCCUGUCAUGGCGUUUUACUCUUACCUGCUAUACCACUACCUACUUCUCCUGAGCAGGUGAGAGAAGCCUACAAAGAUAUACUAACCCAGACACUCAAACAGCUUGAACAAGAGUUCCAAACUCAGAGCUCAUCACCUAUCCUCAGGCUCGACAUUGACCUCUUGUUCGAUGGUGGGUCAGAAGUAGCGAGAACACCUCUAUUCCCUUCUCUUCUUGGGUUAUUUGCUGAACUGUACACUCUUGUAUGUAUAUGUGCUAGCCAGUGUAGCUUGGAUCUCGAUUUUCCACGCGGAGUCGAUGUUCGGAUAUAUGCAAUAGACGCUCCUCAUGCUGAGCCGCGUCAACUUGAGGACAACAACGCUAGCCAUUCUCAAGUGUCACAGAACUCUGCGACUACUACAUAUGGACCACUUUCAACUAUCGAAGCCUUCAAGUCUUCAAGGAGAACUUAUCUACGGACAUUUGUGCCAGGCCAACAGGCUCUUCGAGAGUCAACUAUUGCGCGUGGUUGGGAUAAAUACUUGACCGGAUCCUCCGUGCAGUACAUAAACUCCUCACAACAAAUCAAUGCCCAAACUCUUUACAACACAGUAUCUGCGGACUCACUGGGCAAGAAGAAGCUGAGGCUACAUACCAAAGUAGCAGUGGGUGGAACAUUCGACCACUUGCAUAUUGGUCACAAACUCCUGUUAACAGCGACAAUCUUUAUCGCACAACCAGGUCCGGAGAGCCGAGAAAUCACUGUUGGCAUCACAGGCGACGAGCUACUGGUCAACAAGAAGCAUGCCUCAGUGCUAGAGUCAUGGGACACCCGUCAAGAAAAGGUCGCAGCAUUCGUCGAAUCUAUUCUUGUCUUCCACUCCGACAUUCCAUCAAUCCGGACGAUCGAACACAUCGACAAGCCAGGUCCGAACGGCAAAGUUGUCAAAAUCACAUACGACCCUGCUGUACCAGGAACCGGCAAGGUCACCAUUAACUACGUCCAAAUAUCUGAUCCUUUCGGUCCCACAAUCACUGACGAAUCCAUCACUGCUCUCGUCAUAUCUGCAGAAACUCGAGCUGGUGGUAAAGCAGUCAACGACAAGCGAACCGAUAAAGGCUGGGCACCGCUUGAAGUAUUCGAGGUCGAUGUACUUGAUCCUGCAGCUAUUGAAGGUGGAAAAGCCGCGGAAGCGACAAAUUUUGCUACGAAGAUUAGCAGUACUGAGAUUCGCAGGCGCUUGGCGGCACCUACAGACAGACAGCUAGCAUAA